AUCAAAUCAGUCUUCUUCUUCAUCUUGAACUGUAACACAAAACACAGAGAGAUAGAGACAAAUAGCAAAAUCAAAGUUUCGGAAUUUUCGAUCUCAUCAUCUUCUCCCGACAAACCCAUUUCAUAAUUUCUCCAAAAGGUUUCAUUUUGUUAUAUGGGUCUCUGUUUUCUCGGAACCUAAACAACUAUGAAGAGGCUUCGAGGUUUCAAGAUUGGACACAGAUUCGUCAAGAUUUUCAAAUGGAUAAUCCGAACAAGAAGAAUCCAAACCGGGAAACGCCAAUGCCUAACCGGAAUUCUCAACCCGGUUACAAAAAUCUACUCUUUAACACGGCGGUGUCUCCGUCGUGGAGCCAAUAGACUGUGCGGAGGAAAGAAACCGGCUCAACUUGGUAACGAACCGAAGACGCCGUCAGUUCCAAAAGGGCAUUUAGUUGUUCAUGUCGGCGAAUCCGGCGAUGAUACACGACGCGUGGUGGUUCCGGUGAUUUACUUUAACCAUCCUCUGUUCGGAGAGUUGUUGGAGCAGGCGGAGCGGGUUUACGGAAGUAAGAUCAUGGCUUACACAAACAAAGUAGCGGUUGCGGUUGGAGCCGCGGUGCUGUUUCUUGCGGUUGUAAUGAAUCCGCGGUGGACAGAGGCACAAACGUAUCCAAAAUUGGAUCGUUUAUGUGUGAUGAUGAUCCCUGACAUUCUGGAAGAAUGUUUCACCCACGAUAGACUAAAACCUACGGAAGACUGCUGCAACGAUCUCAAAAAUGCGACAUUGACGCAGGUUGAUUGUCUUUGUGACAAUUACCUCGAAAGUCUCAGUUUCUCUGACCUCGCGAGAACUUUCUCCGCUGGAGUUUUGAAAAAGUGUGACGUUUCUCACAAAUUCAUGUGCCAGGCUGCUAAGAAUAGAGGAGAAGCAAAGGGAGGCCGAAACACCACCUGCAUCAACAGCAAUACCAGUGUAGGAGGAAAGAACAAGGUUCCUGCAUCAAUGAGUGCUUUUGCGGCUGCGGUUGCGACAGUGGUGCUAUUUCUAGCGGUUACGAUUGUUGAUGCACAGUCAAUGCCGCCAAUGCCAAAACUGAAUCCUUUUUGUGCGGUGGUGGAUCUCCCAAAGACCGUCGAAAUUUGUUACUUUAACUUGGAAUUGGUGGCAUCUGAAGAAUGCUGCAAUGAUCUCAAAUCGGCGAGCACGGUAAAAGUGACUUGUCUCUGCGACAAUUUCAUUGCACAUCCUUCCUACGCCAAUAUCACGCGAACUCGCUACGACCUAGUCCACACCUCAUGUGGUGUUGCCGACAAAUUCGCAUGUAAAGGUAUGUAAUUUAUUUUUUAGGAUUUAAUCUCUGAUUUUCAUUGGCUUUUCCUUUAAUAUUGUUCAAACUACUACAUUAUGGUUUCAAUAGACCAAGUUUAGACAU